AUGGGUAAAGCUCGAAAAGCCCCUGUGAAGCAGAGUAAUAAAAAGAUGAAAACUUUCACCAAGUUAUCAACAAUACCGUCAAAAAAGGUGCAAAAUGCUAAACAACAGCAACAAAAACAACAGCGGCCUCAAAUUCCAUUUCGACCUUCUGAUCGGAUCUUACUAAUUGGCGAAGGAGAUUUCUCAUUCGCAUUAUCUCUUGCGACUCACCAUAAAUGCCGAAAGAGACUUAUGGCCACCUGCUAUGAUAGCGAGGAGAAGAUACUUGAAAAAUACCCUGAUGUCAAGGGCCAUAUUGAGCAACUCGAAGCUUUUUCUUCAUCGUCGAGGGGCGGGAAGGGUGACUUAAAGCGCAAACGAGAUAACGGCGAUGAUGAAGAGAACCCAGAAGAAGCAAGCGAAGAAUCACAGGGUGGAGGCACUACUAAAUCGUCGGAGCCUGAAACUAAGACUAAGUUGAUUCAAACUUCGAACUCGCCUCUAUCCUCGCCCAAGGUAGUCUUUUCAAUCGAUGCUCGAAAACUAGGUGCUACUGGAGGAGGCGGUAAAUUAAUCCGUAGUGGAUUUCCUGCCCCAAGUCAAAGACCGAGCUACUCAAACCGAUCCAAACAAAAAGGUAGCCUGCCAGGCCAUGGGGGCGAGGAAGGAGGACCAUGGGAUAUUAUAUGUUUCAAUUUCCCACACGUUGGCGGGUUAAGUACGGACGUGAAUCGACAGGUCCGAUCAAACCAGGAACUGCUAGUUGGAUUCUUCAAGGCCUGUGUGCCUCUUCUCUCGAUCCCGAGUUCAAAUGAUGACUGGUCUGAUUUCGACGAGGAUCAAUAUUUUGAGGGAGAGGAAGACGAAGAUGAUGCGGGUUCCGAGUCUGAUGAGGUGAGAUACAGACCUAGAAAGGAGCCUGGUCAUAUCAUUGUGACUCUAUUCGAAGGAGAGCCGUAUACCCUAUGGAAUAUCAGGGAUCUUGCCCGUCAUGCUGGUCUACGUGUUGUAACUAGCUUCAAGUUUCCAUGGACUAGCUACCCUGGAUAUUCACAUGCGCGGACAAUAGGUGCCAUCGAAGGGAAGGAUGGUGGGAGAGGCGGAUGGAAGGGCGAAGAGAGGGAGGCGAGGAGUUAUGUGUUUGAACGGAAGGGGCUUGAAAAUGAAAAUCCCAAUGCUGGAAAGCGUAAAAGGAAAGGGAGGGAGUCCGAUAGCGAGAGCGAUUAG